ACAGAGGACGUGUGAGAAGACAAGAUGGAGCGCUGGAACAGAUGAAGACUGUCACUGGUCCCAUCCGGCGGUCCACAUGAGCGUAUCGAAACCUCCUCCGCCCCACUCCCACUUCGCCCCCCCACCCAACUCUUCCACCUCCCAUCUCUCCAUCCCUCCCUCCUCCUCCACCCCAUCCUCCCCCGCACCUUCUCGUGCUGCCUCCUCUGCUCCCAGAUCUCUCCCUCCACCCUCUCCCGUCAAGAUCUCCAUGCAGGAGCACUUUGCCAUCAACGUGUGCCCCGGGCCCAUAAUGCCUAUCCCGCAGAUCUCCGACUUCUUCCCGCGCUUCCACGACUUUCCCAUGACCCCGCCACCGCCCCGGGAGAAGAAGAUCCUGAAGGAACCAGAUUUCGGAUUGAGCAAUGGAGGGGAUACGGACGGAGAGAAUAAGGAGAAGGAGAGGAAACCCAUGGAAGAGGACCGGGGGGAAAGGCAAGAAGGGGUGGAUUCGGACGACGAUGAUGAAACUUAUCUGGGCACCCUGGAGUUCACCCUGCUCUUCGAUCACGAGAACAACUGUCUACACUGUACAAUCCACAAAGCCAAGGGACUAAAGGCCAUGGACUCCAACGGACUGGCCGAUCCAUACGUCAAGCUCCACCUCCUGCCUGGAGCAAGCAAGGCGAACAAGCUCCGCACCAAAACACUGAAGAACACUCUGAACCCGGUGUGGAGUGAGACACUGAUGUACCACGGCAUCACCGCUAUCGACAUGACCACCAAAACCCUCAGGCUGUGUGUGUGCGACAUGGACAGGCUCGGUCGUAACGAGUUCAUCGGAGAGGUCCGGGUCGCCUUGAAGAAACUGAGCAAGGGCGAGAGCAAAAGAUUCAAAAUGGGUCUGGAGAGAAUCACACAGAACAAAGACAUCAACAAAGAAACCGUGGAGCAAGGGACACCUGUGGCCGAGGAAGAGCGUGGUCGUAUCCUGGUGUCGCUCUGCUACAGCCCAGAAAAGAGCUGUUUACUGGUCGGCAUCGUACGCUGUGCCCACCUCGCCGCCAUGGACUCCAAUGGGUACUCUGACCCCUUCGUCAAGAUUGUGCUGCAGCCUGAUAUGGGGAAAAAGUCCAAGUACAAAACCACAGUGAAGAAGAAAACUCUCAAUCCCGAGUUUAAUGAGGAGUUUGUGUAUGAAGUUCCACACGACCAGCUGGCCAAGAAAACACUGGAGAUCUCGGUAUGGGACUACGAUCUGGGGAUGAGCAACGACUUCAUAGGUGGAGUUGAACUGGGCAUACAUGCUAAGGGAGUGAGGCUGAAACAUUGGUUUGAGUGUCUCAAACACAUCGGCAAGAAAGUCGAGUACUGGCACACCCUCACGCAGCAAGGAGCCCCCCCGGAGCCCCCCCCGCAGUGACUGACACACACCCACUUUAUCGCAAUUAUUAAAUGAUAAUCAAUGAAUGGUGAAGAAAGAAAGAAAGAAAUAAUAAAGUAAUAAAGUAAUAAUAGUGAUAAAACAUGCAAUAAUGAGACGGAUAAUGAGGAUUUAAUAAUAACAAUAUUAAUUAUAAUACAAAUAAUAAUAGUGGGUAAUUAUCCCAAUUUAGCUUUUUUUCUAAGUAAAUACAUUUGUGAAAAUGUCCCUCAUUGAAAUGUUUAAUGUGAAAGUGCUAACAAAUUUUACCUUAGCCCUCAAUAUUGUGAAGUCACUUGCAUUUCAGUCAUUCAAAUGUACAUGAAUAGGGUAGAACCUCUUACUUGCACUGUAACUACAAUACUGGAACAGUCUGUAAGCACCUUUGGGCCCAUUGCCCAACAAGGUCUUGUUACAAACGUUGUAAUCGCCAGGUUGUUUCUACUAGGGAUGUAGUUGAAAAAGGUGGGAAAAGAGAUGACUGGCAUCUAGCAACGCUAAUGCUAACUGCUUUAGCUGUUCUAGGAAGUAUGGGUAACUGCAUACUUGGUGUGUCUCUGAAAGUGGGCGUGGCGAAUAAAGUGGGUGUAACAUCAGCGCUCUGUUAUUGGUUAGAUGGUUUUGACUGAGCGGUGUCGUUUAUUUCCCGUUUCUUAGCGUUUGGACUUCCGUUUUGAAGCCAGAAGAUGAGUGCAAAUUGUAUUUCACUGCUACAAAGAAUUGUAUAUUUUCAGUGAAUAUAACUGACAGCUUUUUAUUUUUCAUUAAAAGUACUGA